AAUAAAUGAGAGUUUCUUCGCUGUAAAAGGUGCAGCCUUGUUCCCUCCAAGAGGCAAUAGCCCCACGCCUAACUCAGCGCCUUGUAUCAGCCUACGCAGGAACAAGCACACGGGUGACCUUCAGAAACAUCUUCAGACCAUGUUCACUGUGCUGCGGCCGGAGGACACCAUCAAACUGGCUGUGCUUCUGGAGAGUUCUUCCCCCCAGGUGACCCGCUAUAUGGUGGUAAUCUCCACCAAUGGCAGACAGGACACAGAGGAAAGCAUCGUGCUUGGCAUGGACUUUAUGGCCUCUGAUAGCUCCUGUACAGUGGGUCUGGUUCUACCUCUGUGGAGCGACACAAUGAUCCACUUGGAUGGAGACGGUGGAUUCAGUGUGUCGACAGUAAGCAGGGUUCAUGUCUUCAAGCCAGUUUCUGUCCAAGCCAUGUGGUCAGCCCUCCAGUCGCUUCACAAAGCCUGUGAUGUGGCUCGUUGCUAUAACUACUAUCCUGGCAGCCCGUUCCUAACGUGGGUCAGCUACUACCAAAGCAUGAUCUCAUCCAACCAAUUCUGCAUCAACGAGUGGAAUGCCAUGCAGGACGUAGAGUCCCACCGUGCCAAUUCACCUGUUCUCUUCACAGACCUGCCCACAGAGAGGGAGCGCACAGAGAGGCUAAUUACGAUGCGCCUCAGAGAGAUCAUGAUGCAGAAAGACCUGGAUAAUGUCACCUGUAAGGAGAUCCGAACAGAACUGGAGACGCAGAUGGUGUGUAACCUGAGGGAAUACAAGGAGUUCAUAGACAACGAGAUGAUAGUUAUCCUUGGACAAAUGGACAGCCCCACCGAAAUCUUUGAGCAUGUCUACCUGGGUUCUGAGUGGAAUGCCUCUAACCUGGAGGAGCUGCAGAACAGUGGAGUGCGCUACAUCCUGAACGUGACCAGAGAAAUAGACAACUUCUUCCCGGGAAUGUUUGAGUACCACAACAUCAGAGUUUACGACGAAGAAACCACUAACCUAUUAGAAUACUGGAACGAGACUUACAAGUUCAUUUCCAAAGCCAGGAAAGCUGGUGCAAAGUGUCUGGUUCACUGCAAGAUGGGGGUGAGUCGUUCUGCCUCCACAGUGAUUGCUUAUGCAAUGAAAGAGUAUGGCUGGGACUUGGACACUGCCUUUGAGUAUGUGAAGGAAAAACGUGCUGUCACCAAACCGAACCCAUCCUUCAUGAAACAGCUGGAGGAGUACCAAGGAAUCCUUCUGGCCAGUAAACAAAGGCAUAAUAAGCUCUGGCGCUCACACUCUGAUAGUGACCUAUCGGAUCCCCCGGACUCCAAGUGUAAACCCUCCCCUCGCCCUCUGGGUCGCUCCAACUCGAACAACAACUCCUCCUCCCCGUCUUUGCAUAACUUCCUUGGUGUUGCUGUGCUGCAAGCGCUCAGUGCUGAACCUGAAGACUUUGACAAAUCUCACACCACUUACACCUCUGAUUCACUCACAGACUCCAAUGAUGUGUGUGAGUCACUAUGUCAGGAUGACCACAGAUCUGACUGUGGAAGCCCCCUCCUGUUUCCUGUCACUAACCUACAAGCAGUCACUGUGCCAGACGAAAACCUGAACGAUUCAACGAGCGUAACUGUGCCUGUCGCUCUUCCUCACCCUCCACCAUCACUCCACAUCUUACCUCCCACUCCUGAACUCCAGUGCUCUCACUGGGGGCGGCCCACAGAACUGUCUAUUUCAGUGCCCCAACACAAAACGGUGGAACUGUGCCUCGAUAUGACUGAGCAAAGUGGCUCGGAUGAAGUUUCUCCUCUCACUGUGGAAUCCACUGACUCAGACAUAUUAGACCAAUCAUUAUUAAAUGCAAUGAGCAACAAACACAGAACCCUCAGCCCUGCAACCCUCUCUCCACUUUCACUCCCCCCUCUUGCUCCCAAAGACAAUAACAACAACCCAAGUAAGUCACAGACAGGCAGUGAAUUGGGAAGCGACUAUAAUGCAGAUAGGUUACCCAAACACAUUGAAGACAGUAUUGACUUUGUUAGUGCCAGGGAAAAGUUUCAGUGCCUGACCCAACCUCUCAGAUCCAGGACACUUUCUGAGGACAUGCAACAAAGAAUACCUCAGUCACCUGAGGAGCAUGGAGUAACUGAGGCUGGAGAACAGAAGCGAGGAAACGGGACAGAUCAGGUGUUUGAACAGUCUGAAAACAGCCCGGACCCUUCUCAUCAGCCUCAUCACAAUAACGGAGUAUCAGUCCACCAUAUUGUCACAGAGAUUGAAGCCAUAUGCCACCCUGCCUUCUGCACUGCCCCUCCCUCUUCUUGUUCUUCAUCCCUCCCUACAUCCUCCCACAACCCUCUUCUACACACAGACAAUGAGACUGAGGCAGAGACUUCUGAGAUCAAAUACAACUCCCUCACUUCACCUUUGGGCCCCCAGUCUCCCUUCAUGUUGCCAUGUGAUUGGCCGGCAGGUUUGGUGCGAAGAGCGACAAAGCAGCUGGAACAGAAGCUGCAGCACAAAAAGGAGAUGGCUGCUUCUCCGCUGCAUUCCCCCAGCACUGAGCACACACCUGACAGAUUGUCUCUGUGUUCCCUGAGCGCUGAGCACUCCAGAGGAAAAAUUAUCCCUCAGGGGGAGAACACAGCUGAAUCUGCAAAAUAUAAAGACAGAGGGAGGCUAACAUGGCCUCACACAGACUUUCAAAGACUUUACUUCUCAGACACAGACAUCCUCCAAUACUCUUCAAACUCCCCUAUCUCUAAUAUCAGCCAAUGUGGUGCCUUACCUAACUUUGAUGGCAAUAUGCUUACAUCAUCAGUGGCCUCUCUUAGUCAGUCAAAAGAAAUAACCAAAGAUACCUCAGCACAGUGUGAAGGACAAAGCCAGCUCCACAGCCAAAACCUCCUGAGUCCUCCCCAGCCCCAGGCCUGUUCAUACCCAGAAACUGUGGAUGUGGUGACAGUGUCGCAGUUAGAUACAGACGAGAUGCUGGAGUCCUGUUCCCGGCUGGCUUGUAGCAGCAAGCCGAGACUAAGAGAGCUGCAGGCAUCCCUUCACGAUGGCAUCAGUCUGGAAACAACAGACAGCCAGGAAGGUAAAGUGGGACAAUCUCAGGGUUUGAGAAAUGUUAUGGACACUUGUAGAAGGAUGAGUUUUGAACAGACCCCUACAGUCCUCCAUGUGGGGCAGUGUCUCAGGGAGCAGCAAGAUGAUAAGAGCUUCCUGGAGCAGACUAGGUGGCACAAAGCUGUGGAGCUCGAAGCUCGUAUCCGUCAAGCCGGCCUCACAACCCCUUCUUUUAUGAAGAGGUCGGCUUCCUUGGCUAAGCUGGACUGUCUGGAGCUGUCAGCCAGUGACCUCAGCGAUUUGGACCUGAGGCCACACACCAGGACAACACCACCCCACUCCCAAGACUCUUCCCCCGCAACCCCAGAUCACCCUGAUGACACUUGGAAGAAGCAGAAAGUGUUGGCUCAAAACAAUUGUGUAGAAAAAACGUGUUCAUCCCACAGGGGCAGGGAUCUGGACGAGUCAUCCUUUUCACCAUCCUUCUGCUUACCUUGCACUACUCAUCAUUCAAAAGAUGACACUACAAAGAGCGAGGAGCAAGAUGGCACUGGCAGCGGGUCGGUCACUACAUCACGUCAGCAGGGGAGGGGACACGCAUCAAGGCGUUCUCGCAAAGCAUCUGCUGAGAAAAAGCAGCGAGCUACCGCAGUGCUAUACAAUACCAUGUAACCUCAGAGUGAAGACUGGAAUGGACAAAAGCCUUCAGGAUGUGCACGUGUGGAAGAGAGGCUUAAUGAUGUGUGAACAUGAAGAAUAAAACUGCGGCCUUGAGACAUUUUUGAUACCUAAAUAUAAGUAUGUAGAGUUGAAUGAACAUGUUUGCAUGACUUUUAAAGCAGAGCAUAUUGUAUGUGCUCCCGUAUGGCUGAAUCCCUGUUUGGGGUUUGUUUGUUUUCAGUGUUUUUAAAAUUACAAGAGGAGCUUUUUACAUUAAAAAAAAAUGCACUUUAUUGUUGUGAUCAUUUUCUUUCAUUAGACAAAGUUUCUUACCAUGGAGGAUUCUCUUGCACUGAUCUCAAUACUCUACAAUGUUUUGUUUUCAUUUCUUUAUUUAGAAUUGUAAUCCAGCGAGAAUAAAGCUGAUACUUAUUGAUACUUUUGUAAAAUUCCUUACUUUUACAGUUAAUAAAUACGGUGAGUCUGCAGUGAUA